AUGGCGCGGCUUAAGGAUGCGCCCAAGCAGGCAGGUCCCAAGCCUUCCACGCCCUCCUCAGACGACAAUGCUGCAACCCAACAGCUCCUCGCAGAGUCCAACUCUCCAAGCGCAAACCCACCCUCAUCGUCCGCAGUCCUCGGCGCCAACCUCCUCAAUGCAGCGCGCCCUGGAAAGCUCAAACGAGUCAGCAUACUCCCCGAGGGAGCCAGACAGAACCUCGCGAUACGGGGUGACCCAUACGAGAUUGAGUUGAGCCCUGAGAAGGGUCGAUACGCGUUGCCAGAGAAAGUCAAUCACAAACCGUUGAAGAUCAACAGGAAGAAGAAGGAGAAAAAGAAGCCAGCCAAGAAGAAGGUGCAGGCCACUGUGGAGGUAGUCGAGGAGCGGAGUGAAGUCCCUGCGCCUUCGUCAGAGCUCCCGGUGCACCAUGACGCUGAGCCGCAAGUGGAUGAAGAAGAACGAGUGGAGGAUCUGGCAGUAGCAGGACCCGAAAUACGUUCCUCGCCGCCAGAGCUCGCACCGCCGGAAGACACCCCAUCUAAAGCCGCCUCGCCCAUACGCGACAAUGUCGUGGUCAAUCCCAGUGGUACGACAAGACUAGAUGGAGAACCUGCUAGUGCGCAGGAGGACAAUAGCAGUACACGACGAACGUCGAAACGGAAGUCAGAGUCGGACCACAGCGAAGAACAGCCCUCCAAGAUCCCGAGGAAACAAAGGCGGACGACUGGCGAAUCGAGCGCAUCGAGAAAGAGUCACCCACAAGUACGCAUACCGGUCCGGCGCAGCUCGCAACAGCAGGAUGUGGCGACUGCAACCGGGCAUGACGAUGUUCAAAGCACGCAGAAAGGCGCCGAACGGACUUACGCGCAGAGAGAGGAGGAUCUCCUAAAACUCCUAAAUGGUCCUGCACGAAAAUUGAAACCACGGAAACGCACCAACUAUACCAAUGAAUCAAGCCAGCAGUUACCGGCUAACGUGAGAGGAUUGCAAAAGCACGCAGAGCCGCCCAAGCAAGCUCCGGAAGUUGCUGAUGCUCCAGAGACUGAGCACGCGCCUGUCAUUGACGCGUUUGGGGAUGAUUCAGGCGAAGACGACGCUAGUAGCGUCGCUGAGGAAGCUGAUAACAUAACGCGCCCUGCAGGAAGGCCCGGGAGCAUCGACGCCGUCUUUGAAUCUCUCAACCUAGAGGUACGGCCAGGAAAGUGCCGAACCAAGCUGGCUACCACUAUCAGACGCGCAUGCAAGACAUACAGAGCCCACCUCCAGGAAGGUGACCUUUCCAUGGACACUGUCGUCGAUGAAGCCGACGAUUUACGAGGAGCGCUUGGACAGAUCAGUAUCGAUGUCGAAAAGAAGGACCAGCGCGCCUUCAAACGAGAUGCUUAUCGUCACGUAUUCCGGGCUCUUACACUGUAUCUCGAAGCAUUGUACACAUGGCUACAAGACAACGUCGGUGAAGUGACAGAUUCUCUGGAGGCUAUGAGAAUUUUGUCACCCCUCAUAAACCGGAUACUGGCUUUCAAAGACACCAUUACUGAGUGGAAUGUUUCCGUGCCUCAACGCUCCAAGGGCGACCGAGUCAUCAAGGGUGUUGAUAUUGGUCUCAUUGCUCAUCUUCGACAGGUUGCCAAGACGUAUCGCGGACAUCUUAGUAGACUCGAAGCUAGGGAGGACCAUCGCAAGAUCCAAGAAGACUUCGAGCGCAGGAUGCAAGAAAGAGAAGAGGAGGAGAGCCGCAAAGCCGAACUUGAGGAAGCACGAACGCAGCGGUGGAAACGUUGGCAGGCUCUACACAUUGUACGCUUGACAUGCGAGCCCGAUGCGCGCAGAAGGAGUAAGCUGGCUAUCACAAGGCUCGAGGACCUGGAGGAGAGAGACGCCAACGGUGUUAUCUUCGAACGAUUGCCGGUUUUCACGCCUCGCUCUGCGCCGCCACAUCGUCAAGCAUCGGCGUUGAGCAAUAAGCCGGAGUGGACCGAACAGGAAGAGACUGCUCUGCUCGAAGGUUUGAGACAUCUUGCCGGUUCUCAAGUCUUCGAGAAGAUUUUCACGACGUAUUGCCGGCCCGACUCAUCUCAUCCACUUAGCGGCCAUUUGCGCGAUCGCAGCGUCGCGGAGAUUGUCACAAAAGCAGCACAGUUCCGGUCAGAUUUCCAGAAGUUAUAUCAAGAUAACGGCUGGGAGAUCGAGGAAUGGAUUACGAAGAUACCAGUAUUGCCUGAAAGCCCGGAUCUACCCUUACGCUCGUGGGUCAGCGAUCCUGACGCACACACGCAAUACCUUACCACAACACCAGCACCCACAAUGUCUCCUCCCUUCUCCCACGCAGCCAGCCUCGCCCACUACGAGACCAAGAACUCGUUCGAGCUCAUGGUCAUGGCGAAGCUGCGUUGCGUUUCUGAUGCGGGUGAGAACCAGGAGAUUAUCGCGCGGCUGAUGGCGCAGGAUAGGGAGAAUGGGACUUGGCCUGGGAAGUACGAGGAGUCUGGGGCGGCUGCUGCGACGAAGACAGAUGGCGAAGCUGAGGAGAUGAAUGGGGAACAGGGGGUUGUGGUGCCGGUCGAGAGAGUCUUGGGGAAGGAAGAGAGGACGCCUGAGACUGGAGUUGGUGGUGCGGGAAGGGCGGAUCACGUGCCUGUUGCGAUUGUCUCCGGAGAUAGACGCGCGAGGGCUGCGACUACGGGCACCACUGCGACUAGCACGAGGAGCAGAAGCCCGAUAAUCCCCCUGUCACAAUUGGCAAAAGAAUGGGAUCAGGAUUGGGGCGCACCUUUCGCUUUCCCUCUCGCCGCUACCAACACCGGCUUGAAACUCCAAGCGAAGCCCCAAGCCAAACCCGUGACGCCUACCGAGAGUGUCUCCAGUGGCUCAAAGUCACCCGUUACACCCACAUCCCCCGUCUCGCAAAUCUCCCCCGUCUCGCAAACUUCUCGCAUGUCCCUGGCAACUCCUGCAUCGUCCCCUCCACCCAUCCCGGCUUCGUUGAAGUCGAAUCCGUAUAACCUUCUCAUGAGCAAUGAGCAGGACGAUGAAGAAAAAGAGGACGACGAAGAAGAAGAGGAAGAAGAGGAGAGUGAGAACGAGGGGCUCAUCAUCCCCCUGAAGAUGUACACGGAGAAGGCCAGGGCUGCCGCCGAGUCUACGGGAGUUGAGGUCACGUAUGCGGCGACGUUCAGUAAGGAUACUGUCGCUGCUGCUACGGAACGACCUGAGAAUCUCCCGGCUCCCGAUUCGUUGGCCAGUUCUGAGCCGUCUGCUGAGGUUAUGUCGGCGCCUGGGGGAGGUGUGGUUUUUGAGGCUCCUGUUGUUGUGAGGGACUUUGGUGCUAUGAUUUCGGCCUCGCCCUCGCGGUCAUCCUCACCCGAAGAGGCAGCCCACAAGUCCGACGUAGCCGCAUUCUACAACAUGCCUUCCCCCUCGCCCGUUCAACCAGCGAUGUCAACGAAGAACACGCCCGUCAAGAUCUUGGUGAGCGCUCCCCCAUCGCCACCAUCAUCGCCACCACAGCAAACUCACACCGUCCCGUCCUCUCCCGCGCCCACCAAAAAGACUCACCAGCCGCACAACGAGAAACGCAAACAAGACCAGGCUGUUGUGUCGUCGAAUAUGUGGGACGUGCUGGCCGCUGACGAUAUCGUUGACGCCAGUGACACCGCUUCUACUCCUGUUGCUGUUGACACUGAUGGCAAUGACGAGGACGAUAGCGAGGACGAGGUUUCACAGGCUCCGAAAGCGCAGAAGAAGAAGAACAGGAGGCGCGGAAAAAAGGGUGGGAAGAAGGUGCAGGGGAUGAAGCAGAAGGUGGAGCAGGCUGUGGAGGUUCCUGUUGUUGUUGCGCCUGUUCUCCAGCAGACGGUAGCGAUGUCGGUGAAGAUGGGGAAGAAGAUGGAGAUGUCGCAGGCGCUGGGUGUCGCGGCUAUUGUCAUGAUUUUAGUUGCGCUUUUGGGGGCUCGCGUCCUAGGUUAG